UAAAAGCUUGCUAGCUGAAAAACAACAAUCAAACAGUAAUUUAGGGUAGCAUACUGACCAUAAAUAUUGGUCUUGAUCAGUGGAAUGUUGAACAGUCAUUAGGAGGCCAGAAACUGAAUGAAUGUGAAUCAGUCAAUCAGCAAAGACAGAGGCGGUUUCUGAGCAGCUAGAGGAUGGGCUGAGCAAAUAAAAAGAGGAUGAGAGACUCCCCGGCUGUUAGAGAAGAGAACAGGUGCGUCAAAGAUGAACUGGAUUGUAACUGCAGUAGCUGUGUGCGUCUUCGUGCCCAGCGCCCACUGUGCGUCAGAUAAUGUCGCCUGGUGUUAUCAUGAGCCAGGCUGCAAUCAAACGACGUGGCCAACAAUUCGUGGUGGGCACUGCAAUGGCAGCCGGCAGUCGCCCAUCAACAUCGUCUCAGCAUCUGCCCAAGUUAACUCCAAUCUGACUGCAUUCACCUUUCAUAACUACAGCAGCAACUCCACAAUGAAAACCAUCAGAAACUCUGGCUACACAGUCAGAGUCUACCUCGCCAGUGGUGUGAGGAUUUCAGGAGGAGAUCUGUCCGAGGACUACGACAGCCUGCAGUUCCACUUGCACUGGGGUAAUGGCACCUCUGUCCCCGGCUCUGAGCACACCGUGGAUGGCAAGCGCUAUCCCAUGGAGUUACACAUUGUAAACAGCAAGGCAUCCUAUAAUCGGAACACAACUCUGGCUUUUGAAGACUCUACAGGACUCGCUGCUCUUGGUUUCUUCAUUGAAGAAAUGUCAGGUAAUGCAACUGGCCAACCUGCAAGCUGGCACACCUUGAGCUCCUACCUGACAAACAUCUCAAACAGCGGCGACAACGUUACAGUGGCACCUGGAAUUUCACUGGAUGAUCUCCUGACCGGGGUGGAUCGCACCAAGUAUUACCGCUACCUUGGCUCUUUGACCAACCCCUUGUGCCAUGAGGCUGUGGUUUGGACUGUGUUUAAGGAAACAAUAAAAGUCAGCAAAGACGUGAUUGACCUCUUCAGCAAAACGGUACACUUCUCCAACAGCACAUCUCCUUUUAUGAUGAAUGUCUACAGAGACACCCAGCCAGCUCAACGUGUCACAACACAGGCUGCCAGCUCUACCUCCACAGCCUGCUACUCUCUGGCUCUGAUGGCUCUGAGCCUGGUUCUUGGGAGUUCUUAGGGCCAUGAAAGGUGGUGGUGUCUCAACAACUUAUGUUGUUGCUGGUAAAUCUCUUUGCAAUGAAAGUACA